UGAUGCAGCUAGAAAAAUCAUGCUUUUGUCGGCUAAUAUGGCUUUCUCCAUUUGUUUCGGAACAAAUUAAUAUCACUCAUACGCUCUUCAAAUCAAAGUCACAAAUAAUCGUAUUUUACCUUAAUCCCCUGCACUGAAUCAUAUUCCGUUAUUUAAAUUCCGUGCCAAUACCGAGGAGCUUCUUUGCAAAACCCGCAGAUCUGAAGAAAUUUAUUUAUAUAAUUGAUAGAAGAUGAACCCAUGGAAGUUUUGGUGUUAUACAUUUGUGCUCUGUAUUGGUAUGGCUGCCAGUCAAUUUGACUCGGGGAUGAGCGGAAAUAGACGAGUGGUGGUCCAGCUUUUUGAAUGGCCUUUCAACGCUGUUAAAGAAGAAUGCAAGAAUUUUCUGGGCCCUCAGCAAUUUGGCGCUGUCUUGGUUUCUCCAGUCACUGAAAACAUUGUGAUCAGACAUCAAUUGGAUGGUAAAACCAUCAGACCGUGGUACGAACGAUACCAGCCUGUAUCGUGGGACAUGGUCACCAGAUCUGGCACGGAACAGGAUUUCAAAGAUAUGGUGGAAGAAUGUAACAAAAAUGACGUCAGAGUAUACGUGGAUACUGUUCUAAACCAUGGUGUGUCUCAUGCUGCUGGUGAACCGAAUGGGGACGUGGUUGGUGUCGGUGGCACAGUAGCCAACGUGAAAAGAAAGCAAUACCCAGGUCUCGGAUAUGACGAGCGAAACUUUCAUAAAUCCUGCUAUUGUGAUGGAUCCAACAGAACUGCGGUACGAAUAUGCGAAAUAUGGGGUUUACAGGAUGUAAAUCAAACACAACCAUACGUUCAAGAUAAAAUUGUAAAAUUCAUGAACAAGUUGAUUGACUAUGGAGUGGCUGGUUUCCGGAUUGAUGCAGCGAAGCAUAUGUGGCCCGACGAUUUGGCCCAGAUUUUCAGCCAAUUAAAAGACGUCUCGCUAGAUGGAGGGAAAACAAGACAGCGACCGUUCUGGGCUCUAGAGGUGGUGGAUGACGGAUCUUAUCAAGAGGAAUACAAGGACCUCGGCUCGGAGUAUGACUUCAGUUUCAGUGGAAUGGUAGCAACUUGUUUCAGAUGGGGAUCUGUUCGACUCGCUAAAAUCUUCGAAUACACGAAAAAUCCGACGUAUAUAAGCCGAACAGUCCAAGAUCUCGGGGCAAACCAAGAUUCUCAACGACAGGUGUGGCAAGACGGUUAUUCGCAUUCCCCAGAUCAAAGAGGAAUUCAACAGGUGAUGAAUGCCUUCAUCCUUACAUUCUCAAGAAACACGCCGAACAUUUUUUCGGGGUUUAGUUACAAAGACACGAAUGAAGGACCUCCAGUAGACCGAUCAGAGAAUGUCAUGUCACCGAGCCAGUGCACACACCCAUGGACGUGCGAGCACAGAGAUAAAAGUAUCCAGUGGAUCAUAAGACACUUCACAAAUGUUGUAAAAGAUGCGUCCAUUGAAAAAUGGUGGUGUGAAUGGGAUAGUGAAGCAAAUCAAGCUGCAUUUCAAAGGGGUGAAAGAGGAUUCGCAGUCUUCAACGCAGAUACCAAGAGUCUCAGUCAAACUUUUCAAGUGUCAUUACCCCAAGGAAGGUACUGCGAUCUUGCGACGGGAUAUUUCUCGUCUGAAAGCAAAGGCUGUGCGGGCUGGCUCAGACGUGAAGUGGAAAUCGGAGAGGACGGGAGUCUGAGCGUAUCCUUGCCGGGUAUCGCACGGUCCGGCGAGGCCCAGGAGCCCCCGUACCUUGUCAUCAGCGUAGAAUCCAGAAUCUCGGAACCCGAAUCGGACGAGGAGGACGACGAUGAUUGGAAGAAAUACAUACCUCCGACCAAAUAUCUUGUCUGGGCCCUCUUGGGUGUCUUGGGCGCUGGUGCAGCCGUCGGGGUGGGUUGGCUCCUGUGCAGGCGAUCCAACAAAGGAGCCGAUCCAGGCGGUGUAGAUAAAGCCUUCGAAUUUUCAGUUUUAGAGGGAUUGACACACAGUUUUCCUACGUGUUUGGCGACUGCAGUGAUCAUUUGCUGCAUUGGUUGUUCUCUUCUUCCGAAGGUACAGAUCAGCUGCAUUUGUGGAUGUUGCACAGACAGUACAACUGUUGUUGGGGUUAUUGACCGGGACUUUUCUAAAACUUUUGAGCACUACGGAAUUGGGCGCAGGAAUGAAGCAGAUUCUAAUAUUACCUGAAGUUUGCAGAGUAAGAUUGGGGCUUUUGAUGAAUCAAUAUUAAUUUGUUACAAUUCACAAAUAAAACGAUGUCACUUGAAGGACAGAAAAGCA